AUGGCUGUUCAAACCAUGCCAGAUGACCCGGUAGAGAGAUAUGUCCGUGGCAUCAACUCGGCAGACCUCCAGCUCGCCCUGGGCGCAUUCUCGAGCACUGCAGAACUAAUCGACGAUGGCAAGACUUUCAAAGACGACGGCAUCAAGCAGUUUCUCGAGCAUGGAAUCAUAGCCCAUCAUGGCAGUGUGAAAGUCAUUACACGGGACGUCCUACCUGAUGGUAAUGUCUACCUUCAUGUCAUGAUGGAUGGAGAUUUUGCUGAGGAGUUCGGCAUCACAGAGCCUUUCUCCCUCUUUCUUGUUUUCAGAAUCAGAGAAAAUAAGAUCCAGCAUCUGGAUAUGGGCGAUGUCGAUCCUAAGAAAGGAUCGAUCCGGACGGUAUAUGCGGCUAGUGCCAAUUUGAAUGAUCCGUUGUCAUCGAUCCGUAUUCGGAAGCGCAACAUACUCGAACCAAAAGAAGGAUAUGUUCGAGUUAAGAUGCAGGCCGCUGGUCUCAAUUUCCAUGAUAUCUUUACCCUACGCGGGCUGAGCAUGCAAAAGAUGCAAUAUCCUAUGAUCUUGGGCAAUGAGGGUGCAGGUGUGCUCGAUGAUGGAACCGAAGUCGCCCUUUAUCCUGGUCUCGGUGAUCCAGAUUUCAAAGGCGACGAAACAAUCGACCCGAGGAGACACGUCCUGGGAGAGAUUGAGCAGGGCACAUUGGCCGAAUAUACAUGGGUGCCGAAACGCAAUGUAAUCACUCGGCCCAGUGGCAUGGACGCUCAAACGGCGAGCGUGAUGGGAAUCGCGUGGUUGACAGCAUAUCGGAUGAUGUUCGUUAAUGCGAAAUUGCGCCCAGGGCAGACUGUGCUCGUUCAAGGGUCAUCUGGUGGUGUUACCACUGCGUUGAUACAACUUGGUUCUGCUGCCGGUCUUCGCAUUUGGACAACUGGGCGUACGGAGGCGAAACGAAAGCUUGCCGAAUCAUUAGGUGCAGACCGGACCUUUGAGCCACUUUCGACAUUGCCAUGUCUCGUCGAUGCCGUCUUUGAUGCCUCGGGACCCGCGACCAUCAACCACUCAAUCCAAUCGACGAAGCCUGGAGGAACAGUUGUGCUCUGUGGUAUCCAUUCCGGAACUGGACCCAGCACGGCCGAGGUCGACUUGUUAUCACUCAUGGUCAACCAGAUCACAUUGACCGGUGUCUAUAUUGGCACGAGGGAGGAGUUCGUAGAUCUGCUGAAUUUUGUAGACAGUAAGGGGAUCAAACCAUACAUUGGCAAGGUGUUGCCUCUCGAGAAAGCCGACGAAGGGCUCAGGGACAUCUAUGAGGGAAGAACGCAAGGGAAGAUCGUAGUUGCGAUAUCCUGA